ACUGUCCAUAUUGUGGAUCUGCCUUGACAGCUUCCCCUGGGUUUUGUUGUGUGUGUGGCAAAAACAUCAGAUUUCUAAAAGAUGUGGCAAACAAAGUCCCUGAGGAGAUGCCUACGACCAGUGCACAUGCUAAUGCACAGUCUAGUACUGCAGGAAGCUCAGGUGUAGAGUCCUUUAUGAAAUUUAGGGCAAUAAAAGAGAGGGAGAGAAAGACAUUCUUUUCAAAGACACGUCAGAAGGAACAGAAACAGAAAAUAGUAAAGAUUUAUGUUGGAGUUAUGAGGAUGACAGGUGAUUCCCUUAAACCUGUGAGAGGGAAGUCACUUCCCCUUGAUAUUCGCCCUCAAUGGUCAUCUGAUCAACUGUUGGCUGCUGCUGUAAAGAAGCUGAAAGAUUUUAACCAGGAUAUGGAAGAUGGUGCACAUGUUUUGUUGUACCCUGAUGCUCAGGAAGUUAGAAACAUCCCAGGAACAGACACCCCUUUCACAGUGCAGAAAUACAAGGAGGCAAUUGGAAAGGCCUACCAAAGAAUAACAAUGUACAUUUGCAAUGUUGAAGACUUUGCAAACAGCUGUUACAGUGGACAGCCUUCAAGUGAAGAUGACAGUGUGGUCCAUGUUAAUUUGCCGUCUGGAGACAGUCCACUUUCUGACACCGUGGUGUGGGACGGUCCAGAUGAAGUGAGCACUCCAAAAAUGGAGAAGAUUUUGCAUGGACAACCAAAACCAGCAGCUGAUCAGGAUGGAAGAAAAACCGCAGUCCAGGAAGAGGUCAAAUCAGCCCAAGGUCAGACAAACUUCUAUAGAAACUACACAAAUGUGUAUGCACCAAUUGUUAUUGACAGCGAGUCUGAGCCAGAAGAACACAUGGAGCACACUGCAGAAGAACGCACAGAGGAUUUGACUGCUGCAGACAUUGUAUUGGAACUCUCAACAAAGAUAAUAAAAACAUCUUGCAGCAGGUUCAAUAUAAAUAGAGCCAAUGUGUGGGAUGGAGCAGUCCGCGGCUUCAAACGUGCUUCAUUUGACCCAUCUCAUGAGUUAUUAGUGAAAUUUACUGAUGAUGAGGGGCAAACUGAGGAUGCAUUGGACACUGGUGGUCCCAAGCGAGAGUUCCUGACCCUCCUAAUGAACUGCCUGAGAACUCGAAGAAUCUUUGAUGGCCCAGAGGACAGGAAAUUUCUCACAUUUGACAGUGCAGCUGCAAGAGAUGAAUACUUUCUUGCUGGGAGGAUGAUAGCAACAUCAAUAGUUCAUGGUGGUCCAGAUCCUCGCUUCCUGUCUGAGAUUUUCUACCAGCACCUCACAGGAGGAACCAUCACUGACAUUGAAGCCAAGAUUGAAGAUGUUACGGAUGACACCAUGAGAGCUUCCCUGCUUGAGAUAUCUAACGCAGCUACAUUGGAUGAACUACAUGCGUCAAUUGACAGACAUUCCAGCUUGUUGCAAACUGCUGGUUGCUUUCAGUACCCUGAUGGUGUGGAUGAGAAAGAUAAGAUCAUAAAGGAUUUCAUGCAGUGGUACAUCAUUUACCGCAACCAUUUCUCAAUACAAAGAUUCAAGGAUGGGCUUUCCACACUAGAUGUCAAUCAUGCUUUGGAGCAGCAUGCAUCCGUAUUCAGAGCCUUUAUGUGCUCAAGUGUGGAACAGCUGACAUCUGCAACAUUGGAGGAAAUCUUUGAGGUUCAGUUCAGUGAAAAAGGCAGCACAAGACGACAGGAAGAAACCAGAGUAGUAGGAUUCUGGAGAGACUAUCUUCUGGAGACAGAAGAUAAACGAACAGGACUCUUCCUCCAUGAUAUCCUGAUGUUUGCCACAGGAUUAAACACACUGCCUCCCUCUGGAAUUCAGCCACGACCCAAACUGAUUUUUCAGAUGACUUCUCACUUCCCAGUCAGCAGAACCUGUGCAAACACAGUUGAAAUACCGAUGCCUGAAGAUGGUCAUCUCCACAUUGACUGUAGGUUGACUCAAACGCAAACUGGCCCAAUUCCUCCUGUGUGACUGGGCACUCACAGUCAGUUCCACCAAACCUGGAAGUAAAAUAUGCAUAUCAGUUCAGUUUUGCAUUUAUGUUUUCAGUCAACCAGCAGGCUGUAAUUCUGGGCAUGUGGGCAGCAAAUGUAUGUUGUGGUCCAUGUUUAAGCAGGAAGUUGUGCUGGAGUUAUGUUCAUCCUGUAUGAUGUACUUGUGGGAAGUGUUAGGAGUAUCAACAUGCUCUAAUGCAGAGCUCUUCAACAGGGGGCCCGUGACCCUUAGGGGGUCCUCAGAGUUAGUGCAGGGGGGCCACUAAAUUAUUUAAAAAAUAUAUUUUGUAAAGUUUCUUUAUUCAAAUAUUAAAAUGUCUGAAAAUAUACAUUACAGUAAUUUGAAUCCAACAUAUCAAUAGCAAACAUAAAUUGGCCUAUUUUUG